GUCGAACCCACCCAAGCCAUUCAGGGUAGUUGUAGUCCACUUGUAAGUUACGCUCGGCCAGAUAUAGCCCGCCUUAGCACCCAUUUAGAACCCUCUAUCUCUUUGGGAACCGCCGCGGUGAUCCCAGUGGGGGGUCGGUCCUCGUCGCCGCGGCCGGAUUCGCCUCGAAGUCCUGGCCAGAGCGCGCCCCGGAGAAGAGUUUUGGGGAGUGGCGGUGUCGGAACCUUCCUUGACAUCGCCCAGACGUUCGCAUUCUUCCGGCGAGGCCAGUGUCAGCACAUCCGGACCAUCUUUGACCAUUUUGGACCAGCUCGAGAAAAUUGAGACCGACACGCGCGACAGCAAACGAUUGCACGGGGAGAACGGACGCCGGAGUGCUGGCCAGCUCCUCGCCCCCGCCACUGAGGAGCAGCUGGGCCUGCGCGGGCGGGCCGCCAAGGGCGACUGCGCGCGCGCGGCGCUGCUGGCCCCGGACCCCCCGGCGCCCGAGCCCCCUGAAGGCGCGCCCCCCGAGCUGCCCGAGAGGGCGGCGCCGCACGCCGUGGAGGUUCGCGCGCGGGCCCUGGGGGACCGGCUCCAGGGCCUGUGGGCGCUGCUGGACGGCGAGGCUCCGGCGCGCCGCGGGCAGCGGGGCGCGGCGGAGGGGCGCACGGCGACGCCGCGCGCCGCGAGCGCGGAGGAGACCGCCGGGGCGAGGCUGGGCGAGGUGUGCGCGGAGGUGCAGGCCGUGAGGGCGGAGGUGGCCAGCAACCAUAGGGAGGUGCAGUCCGCACAGGAGCGCCUGGCGCGGGAGCUCGAGUCGCGUCUGGACGCUGCCGCCGCUCUGUGGGGCGCACCGUCGGCGAGGGCCGAGGGGGCCGAGGCCCUGGGCAGGCUGGAGAGCCAGGUGCAGCUCAUGCUCUCGCAGGCCGAGGCUCACCGGAAAGCCGAUGUGGCUGUCAUUAGCGAGCUGCGGGAGCGCCUAGCGAAGUGCGAGUCGAGCAGGGCCGACUCCGAUAUCGGCGGGCUGCGGCAGAACGUGGGCAAAUUGACAGCAGAGUGGGAUUGCUACAGGGACCAGAUGGAUGCCGCGCGCCGAGCUCACGAGAGGGUCGGCAAGCCGUCCCAAGAGCGGGAGGCUGGCAGGGGAGACGCAGACGUUUGGGCCGAGCUGAAGGGAGUGCUCGAGGUGCAGCUCGCCACGAGCGACCGUCGGGCUAGGGAGGUCGACGCCGCGCUCGAGCAGCUGCGGACAAGGAUGGACAGUCUUUGCGUGGGCGUUGAGGAGAGGAAGGCCGACAGCGAGAAAGUGUGCAGGUUGUGCGACAGGGUCAACCAUCUGAUCACGAGCAGUGAGGCUCAAAUGGCGGAGACCAAGACGGUGCGGGACACGGUGGACCGGCUGACGGUCUGCUGCGACGCACGGGAGCAAGAUAGCCAGGGAGCCCUAAGCUGCUUGCGAGGAAGGUUGGACGAGCUCGCCCAGCUCGGGGAAGCCCACAGAGCGAGCGUGACCGAGACCAUCGGCAAACUGGGCGACAAAUUAGAUAGACUGCCCACCCCAGAUAGGGUGGCUGAGUUUGACAAGCUGGCCGAGCAGAUCGCUACGAGCAGUCGGCGAGCAGAGGAGGUCGACGCCGCGCUCGAGCAGCUGCGGACAAGGAUGGACAGUCUCUGCGUGGGCGUUGAGGAGAGGAAGGCCGACAGCGAGAAAGUGUGCAGGUUGUGCGACAGGGUCAACCAUCUGAUCACGAGCAGUGAGGCUCAAAUGGCGGAGACCAAGACGGUGCGGGACACGGUGGACCGGCUGACGGUCUGCUGCGACGCACGGGAGCAAGAUAGCCAGGGAGCCCUAAGCUGCUUGCGAGGAAGGUUGGACGAGCUCGCCCAGCUCGGGGAAGCCCACAGAGCGAGCGUGACCGAGACCAUCGGCAAGCUGGGCGACAAAUUAGACGGGCUGCCCGCGCCCGACGAGCUGGCCAAUCUCCGGGCCUCCGUGGAGGAGCACGCGGCGGCCGUGGCGGAGCUCGGCCUCUCCGUGCGCUCCGUGGGCACCCGCAGUGCCGAGGGCCUCGCCGAGCUCCGCCUGGAGGUGGAGGCGGGACAGGGCCCGGCGGACGACGAGUGGGCCAGCGGACUUGGCGGCGGAGGUGCGGGAGCUCCAGGGGCGAUACGCCCUGCUCCAGGAGAGGCGGUGGAGGAGCGCCUCUCCGUGGCCGUCUGGCGGAUCGACCGGCAGCUCCCGGAGGCCCUCGAGAGGGUCGAGUGGCUGGCGGGCGAGAACGCGGAGCGGCACGCGCGGCUGCAGGAGCACGACGUGCGCCUGGGCAUGGCGCUGACGCGCCUCGCCGCGCACGAGCAGAAGGUGCAGGCCUUCUCCGACAGGCUAGAGCUGCUCCCCAGCCUCGCCCAGCUCCGAGGCAUGUGGCAGGACGAGCUGCGGCGCCGCCUGGAGGAGGCGGACGUGCGCGGCCUCGGCCAGACCGUGGCCUCGCAGGCGGGGGCCAUCGAGGAGCUCACGGACGCGGUCCAGGCGCUCUGCGACCGGCUGGCGCUGCGCGGGGACCUGCCCCCGGCCGCCCAGCAGCCGCUCUGAGGGGCCCGCCAGGGCGCGCGGGCGGGGGAUGGAUGGGGCCCGCGGGCCUGGGGAGCCGUGCGGUCCAUCAGCGGCCGGGCUGGGGAAGCGUGCGCGCAGCAUCUCGGGCCGCCCUGUUCACCUCCCGCUCCUCUUCCUCCUCCUCCUCCUCCUCCUCCUCCUCACUUCCACCUCUUCCUUCUCAUCCUAACUGCUGGCGAGCUUGUGAACGGAGGGCGCCACGGAGACGCCAAGUCGCACCGUUGCCCGCGGCGCAUGCGAAUGCGAUCGCCCCGCAGACAGUGCCGAGACUUCGCGCAGGGUGGGAAA